ACCCGUGGCAACCGCACUUUGGAGCAGUCAGUCUUGUGCCAUCCCGCAACGAAACAUGGAUGAACUGCUACUUAAAGAGGAUCUGACGAUGCCACUGUGAGAAUGCGUCCACCGCACACCUCCCGCUCUUUUUUUCUUUUGCUUUUCCUCUCUAGUGCUUGGAGGACGCUGGCGAAAUCCCUGCCGAGCCCAGGACCAGUUGAGGUGCUGAUUAAAGUCCAGGUAUUUGACAACAGCGACCUGUCACCUUUAAAGGAAUCCACAGUUCAGGUGUGUGGAAACCAGACGGUCUUAGCAUCCAGCCUUGCAGGAGGAGAUGGGAUUGUCACACUUACGUUCCUGUACCGGCCAGGAACAUGGGUCAUCGUCACGGCAUCAAAGCACGGAUUUGUCACAAACUCGGCACCCUGGCAUGCCAGCCGCAUCCCGCUGUACGCCUCCGUAAGUCUGUACUUGCUUCCCCAGAGACCAGCCACUCUCCUGCUGUAUGACGAUGUGGUGCAAUUGCUGUUGGGUUCUCCAGGAUCCCGGAGACAGCCAUGGGUACAGCUUCAGAGGAGAGCCAUCCGACCACCCCUAAACACCACCCAAAUCACCCUCUCUGCAAUGCUCACCUCUUCCCGCAGUCAGUAUGAGCUUGGGGGCUUUCCUUACCCCCUUGCCUUGGAGAACAACUCAACAGGAAUCAAUAGUAGCUGGGUGGAGCUAACUGCUCUAGCUGCAAUGUGUACUCAGCUCACUGGGACCAACGGCACUGAGGUCCAGGUGUCAGAACCCAUCCACAUCUCUAUCCCCCUUCCUUCUGAUUCACCUCUCAAGACUGCCACCAGUGUCCCAGUAUGGAGGUUCGAGGACAAGACAGGUCUGUGGGUCAGAAGUGGUGCUGGAUACAUUAAAAAAGAGGGCACUCAGAUGACAUGGAGUUUUGUGGCUCCAAAUUUAGGAUACUGGCUUGCAGCAUUUCCCUCAACCUCAGGAGCAGGCCUGAACACCUCUGGUCUAAGGGACAUCACUACCUAUCACACUAUUUUCCUGCUAGCGAUUCUGGGUGCCAUGGCCCUGCUAGUGCUUAUUCUGCUGUGUUUGCUACUGUACUACUGCAGGAGGCGGUGUCUAAAACCUAGGCAGCAUCGCCGUAAAAUGUACCUCUCAUCCACUCUGGAAAGCUCAAAGAGAGACCAGGGGACAUCCACUUCCCACCUAAAUCUCAUCAGCGGUGGACACAUGGAGACAGCGUCCUCGGCCGCCGACCAUGACGGCAUCAAAUCUGACCUUUCCUCCAACCGUGAUCUCCACAGCUCUCGAGAGGACUUCUUCAGACAUGGCCCCAUCCAGAGACAGCACAACUCCUGGUUGAACGCUGACACAAAGCAAGGAGAGAGCUUCCCAUUGAAGACCACUCGCUCUUCAAACACAGGAACUCAAGACCCACUCCUGCAGGAUGACUAUAGCAAAGGUUACAGCUCUGCGGAGGACUCUGAUGAGCGCAGAUACCAUCAUCACAAUGCUAAAGACAACCAGGGCUAUUCAUCAGACCCACCGUCUCCACCUCCACUUUUGCCACCAUUUACUGGCCACUAUCAGGAUCACAGUCGGGACAGCAAGCCCCCAGAGUAUUAUGCAUCGGCAGGGGAUCACCUCAGUCGGCCCAGUUCCAUUAACACCCAGCCUGGCCAGCUGAUCUUCUGUCACUCCAUGGAGCAGAUGAAGGAGAGCAUGUACCACAGCAUGGUGCCCACGCUGGUCAUCCCUGCACAUUAUAUGCAUCUGUCCUCUGACCUAUCAGCUGUGGAGCAGGCAAUGGAAAGGCAGCAACAGCUGCAGCAUGAUAUGGAGGGCAUCCAGGUUAGCAUGAUGCUGCCACGGCAACAGAGUCAACACCAAAAGCAACAACAACAACAGCAGCAGGCCAGACAAGAAAAGGAAGAGGAAGAGUCUAGCCAGAAAGCAGAGGGACCUUCAGAGGAGAACUGGGGAUCGGAACAAUCCACUGCCCCCGUCCGUAUUCCUGUCCUUUUCAAUGACUCCACCAUUGCGCAAAUGAAUGGAGAGCUGCAAGCGAUGACAGAGAAGAAGCUGCUGGAGCUUGGAGUAAAGCCACACCCUCGUGCCUGGUUCGUUUCCCUUGACGGCCGUUCAAACUCUCUUGUUAGACACUCCUACAUUGAGCUAAGCAAUGAAGCCUUGCGUGCACCCGUGGGCCCCAGCAGUCUAGCCCAAGACCACCGUUCUGAAGCACUCCCCAUGAGUUCAGGGAGAUCUACUCACCGGAAAGUAAAAGAGGAGGGCAAAGCGAAGGAGGGAGGUGAAAGAAAAGCUCAUGGAAAGAUUUAUUCCAAGCUUCCCGUUAUCGAAACGCCAGACUCGAGUAGCGAGAGCCAUCCAACCAUGUACUCACCUGAGGAGAACUCCACAGUGCCACUGCUUGACAAGACCUCUGAAUCCAGAGGAGGGACGUUCCCUCGUAAAGGCCGCAGUCGGGACAACAGCACCCGCAGUAGUGCCAGUGAGGUCCACAGAGACUCUGUCACCAGUCCUGAUGAAGACAAUGAAGCUGACGACAAAGAUGACGAUGGAGAGAAUAAGAAGAGCCCCUGGCAAAAGCGUGAAGAGAGGCCCCUCAUGGUGUUCAAUGUCAAGUAACUCACAUGCUGUGCAGGACUGGUUAUGGCAAGAUCUUGGCUAUACCUUAGAUGCUUACUAGUGAUGAAGAAGGAGCGUUGGAAAAGAGUCAGAUGAAAAGCGCAAUAAGAAACAUGGCACUUACCUGAGUGAUAGGCAUCUGUUCCAACCAUCAAGACUAGGUACCAAGAAUUAGCGCUGAAUGCCGCUUGUAAAGAAGCAACUAAAGUCCUCACACCCUUUUAGAUGUCCUUCAGAUGGUUUAAACAUCUGAUGUAGUUCUGGCAGCAGUUCAUAAGGCCAUAACUUUGAAUCUGCACUCUUCUCAAGCUGUUGUCUCGCUUUCCUUAAGUGAUACCCAUUUUUUGUAAGAAUGACCAUGAGCCAUUUUAAACUUUAGACUUUGGGAAGCAAUCCAUAAGCCUUAAAGAGUUUUUCCUUUUCAAAAGAAAUAUAAAUGAAAAUUAAUAUUAAUGUGAUAUAGGUGAAAAAGAGGGCUUGAACGAUUUUAUCAGUCUAGAAUGACUUUUAUUGUAGUGGUUUACUCAAAUGUUUCAUUUGUUUAUAUUACUAUGUAGAGCUGAACCAUUAAGGUGUGUGGAAAUCGAACAUUUCACAAACAGAAGUGAAAUGUUUGCUGAAUGAAUUUGUGUGUUUACUCCAGUGUGACUUAUCAAAUCGUGGUUGACACAUAAUGACACUGUAUUUUGUACUGUUGGUAAAAGUUCCCCUUUUGUACUUAUCUAAAACCAGUGUUGCCAUUUUUUUUAUAUAUAUCUUUAAGGAGACUGUUUGGGUUAGGAAAGCUGCUCUUUGAUAUGAAUAAAAGGUUCUGCUUAUAUACUGUACAGAACUCAUUUUGUACUUUUAAUAAGCCUUUCCUGUUGGUUCAGUGCAGCAAUAGGAAUUGUGUUUUGAGGGACUUACCUUGGACACCUGUGAAAAUGUUUCCGCGCUAAUCUUUGCUGCAGUGCAUUGGAACAUUUGCCAUAAAUCAGAACCACUGCAACUCUGCUCUGUUAACGUGGAAGUACAAUUUUGAACCUUUUUCUUUUAUGGACUUUUUGUGUGUGACUGAUGAGACAGAUUGUGCUUGAAAUGGAUGUGCAUAGAUGAAUUUACACAAAAAUAUUGUACCAAGUAUUUUUUUUUAAACAAGUAUUGCUUGAUUAAGCACUCUUACUAAACUCUGUGAACCACUUAUUUGUAAAUAACACCUUAGUAAAUUUACUCUCACUUCAGUCUUAUGCAUUUUAUUUCUGACUACUAGUCACCAUCGUCCUCUGGUUAUCAGCCAAAUUGUUCAUAACACACUGUACCUGUUAUUUUCAUUCAGUAGUUGACAUUUUAUUGUAAUACUGACUUUGAGCCUUACCCUCGUAACAUGUGAAGCAUUGGCACAUUUCUAUUGAAUAGGCCUACAUUAUUCCUAAAAUUCAAAGAGAAUCUACCAUGUACCAACAGUAGUCUCUAACUAUUCCUCUACAUAUGAACUGCUGAAUUUUCACAAGUGUCCUCAACUUCCUGGAAAGUGUAUAUAUAGUUUUCCUUCAGUGAUGUUCCUAUCUCAUUACAGAAGUUAUGCUGAAAAAUGUAUUAUAUUAU